AUAUACCUGCCGUGCGAACGAGUGCGAAGGAGUCGGGGAGAGGUGCAGACCGCAAGAGCCACCGUAGAAGCCUGCCAGGAGGCCGCCCGAUGGAACCGCCGUUCGCCGUGUUUACGUCCGUUACCUAAUUCCCCCUCGUGGCUGUCAGCAGUUCCGCGCCCGCUUUCGCCCUGCCACACGCUACCUCUAACCUAUCGCCGACGACACGCGAGAGAGAUGAAUGCUAUGCUCCUUUGAUAGGGACUACCGUCGAUUCGCACACGCUUGACACGCGGGACAGUCCGUCGGGCCCAUCAGCGCAUCGUCGGGGACAUCGUCGUCGGGGCUGACCGAUCGAAGGCUGACGAGCGGGAACGCGGCGUUCGUCCUAAGUAGACAUACAUACUACAUUAGUGCGUAUAGUAAUGUCUGUCCCUUCUUCGUCCUCCAACAAUAUAUCUGACAAUAACAAACUAGGCGGUACUAGUCCUAGUCCUAUCGAGGGUAUCGAGGGAGUGCCAGGACCGAGUUCCUUGGGUCCUAUGCAUGCUGUGUUGCCGCAAGACGAAGAAUCUGAGGAUUAUGGAGACGAAGGGGACGAGGAUGAUGAAGACAGCAGUGAAGCGGAAAGUGGGAUCAGCGACAUUGGGUUGUUUUGUGACGCCGAGUGUACAGCAGAAGUCGAGGGCAACAAUAGUCAAUCUCCCGUGUUGCAGUCCCAAUCCUCGAUGUUCUCCGAGGAAGUUCAGAGUUCAGUACUGCAUACCUGCGUGCCAUUGGACGUUGUUCAGCAUCAAAGAAAGCGGAAGAGCGAGACAGAGAGCUGUCUACCAUGUAAGAAACUCAUUCCAGAGGAAAAGUCUCAUUCAAUGACCACGAGAAAGCUAGAUGAUAAGGGUAAACAUGUGAGGUGCGUCAUACCUACGAAGGAUAAUCCUCCUCCGGAGAUGAACAGUUGGCUUUUGCAAUUUCAGAGGUGGUCAAACGCGGAAAGAAUGUUAGCGAUAGACGAAUUGAUAGAGCGAUGCGAACCCACGCAGGUGCGUCACAUGAUGCAGGUGAUAGAGCCGCAGUUCCAGCGAGACUUCAUAUCGCUACUGCCGAAAGAGUUAGCGUUGUCGGUGCUGGCCUUUCUCGAGCCGAAGGAUCUCCUGAAAGCGGCGCAGACCUGUCGGAACUGGCGCUUCCUCGCGGACGACAAUUUGCUGUGGAAGGAGAAGUGCAAAGCUGCCGGUAUAGAGGACCUGAGGGACCUGCCGCUGCCUAAACGCAAGAACUGCCGGAACAGCAGCCACAACUCGUCGCCGUGGAAGCAGGCCUACAUGCGGCAGCACAAUAUCAAGAUGAACUGGAGGACGAAGCCGAUCCGUACGCCGAAGGUGCUGAAGGGCCACGACGAUCACGUCAUCACGUGCCUGCAAUUUUCGGGGAAUCGGAUUGUCAGUGGCUCGGAUGACAACACCUUGAAGGUGUGGUCUGCCGUCACGGGCAAGUGUUUACGGACUUUGGUAGGGCAUACCGGUGGCGUGUGGUCUUCGCAGAUGUCCGGCGCGAUCGUUAUCAGUGGUAGUACGGACCGUACGUUGAAAGUGUGGAACGCGGACACCGGUCAGUGUAUUCACACUCUUUAUGGUCACACGUCGACGGUGCGGUGUAUGCAUCUACACGGUAACAAGGUCGUCAGUGGUAGCAGGGACGCGACGCUCAGAGUGUGGCAGGUGGACACUGGGGUGUGCUUGCAUGUGCUCGUGGGACAUCUAGCGGCGGUCAGAUGUGUGCAAUAUGACGGGAAGUUGGUGGUCAGUGGUGCCUACGACUAUAUGGUUAAGGUUUGGAAUCCGGAACGCGAGGAGUGCCUUCAUACUUUACAAGGACACACCAACCGUGUUUAUUCCCUCCAGUUCGACGGUGUGCACGUUGUUAGCGGAUCGUUGGACACGAGUAUAAGGGUGUGGGAGGUGGAGACCGGUGCUUGUAGACACACCCUGAUGGGCCAUCAGUCUCUCACGUCGGGGAUGGAGCUGCGCAAUAAUAUCUUAGUGUCGGGCAACGCCGAUUCCACCGUUAAAGUAUGGGACAUUGUUAGUGGUCACUGCCUUCAAACACUUUCCGGUCCAAACAAGCAUCAGUCGGCGGUCACUUGCCUACAGUUCAAUAGCCAUUUUGUGAUUACGUCCUCCGACGACGGCACGGUAAAACUCUGGGAUGUUAAGACUGGUGAUUUCAUUAGGAACCUAGUUGCCCUGGAAAGCGGUGGCAGCGGCGGCGUCGUGUGGAGAAUCCGAGCGAGUGAUACGAAACUAGUGUGCGCAGUAGGUAGUCGUAACGGUACCGAGGAGACGAAACUGCUUGUUCUCGACUUCGACGUUGAGGUAAAAUAGUGCGCCCGUUUCGUGCCGCGCGACGGAUCAAUCGCCCACUUUGUACGACUUCUGUACAUACUUGAAUUAAGUAGUCCUAAAGCUAAUCUACUGUACAAUGAUACAUGUAUUACAUGGUGUGAUUGUGAUAAGACUGUACGCGUCGUAAAAAUCGGGUGGUUUUGCGUGAGCAGCGAAAGACGGAAUGGAAUGAACGAGAGAUAUAUAGAGAGAAAGAGUGGGAGGGAAGGUGGGGGGAAAUUGCUGAGCGUGACAGAAGAGAGUUUAAUGUAUGAUCUCCGGAUGGAUUUUGAACAAGUGCUCGUUGGAAAAGAGUUAAUUUCUAUAUAUCCAUUGUCGGAGAGAAUGCGGGCGAGCGGUUGUCGUGGUGUACAAAAAGAAAGGAAGGAAGGAAGAAAAAAGAAACGUGAGAUUUAUAAGACUCAUAAAAAAAAAGAAGAAGAAACUUACGGGAGCUUAUCAGUGUACUUUUGAAUUUUCGCUGUUAUAACGAUUCAGUGGAAUAUCACCGACGGUGUAAGGGUAAUGAGAGCCAAGACAGAAGGAAAAGAACGGAAAUUCAUCACAAUCUGCCGUGAUGGAGCAUAACGGUUUUAUUAUGCGGGCAUUUAUACGGCAGCAUUUGUCGAUGGUGAAAGACAACAACAACGGGGCUGCAUCGUGCGAAACUUCCGGACAAAAUGACAUUAUUAUUUUGUUGAAGAAUCUCAUAUAUGUCCCGAAGCAGACGAGAUAAUACAGAGUUGACAGCAAUUUCGAUACAUCAUUUGGAUUGUACAAAUUCCCCUUUUUUUCUCCUUUUUAACGAGCAACGGAAUUUCCGAAAAAAAAGAAAAAAAACCCCUGUUACUACAUCGAGCAUAAUGUUUAUAAUAAUUUACUGGCUGAUCUGUCAAACUGUCUUUGCAGCUUUAACCCAAUCCCGAUAUAACUACACUUGUACAAGCAUCGAUCUGGUUAAAGACAAAUAUUUUUAUAAACGUUCACAAGCUGGUAUUUUCAUAUCGUUGGCGUUUGAAUGUGAAAACACUUUCGCCAAUUCGGCCGCAAAAACGAUUCGGAACGAGAAUUCGAUUAGCAAAAACCCCCUUUUCUUUCCUGUAGCAAGAGAUAUUUUCGUGUUACAGUGCAAUAAUUUAAAAA